AUGAGUCGGACGGAGGCCGAUCUGGCGAUCAAUAUUCGCAAGGCUACGAGUAUCGAGGAAACUGCUCCGAAACGGAAACAUGUGCGGAGCUGUAUCGUUUAUACCUGGGACCACAAGUCGUCGGCUGCCUUCUGGGCGGGCAUGAAAGUACAGCCUGUCCUUGCCGAUGAGGUUCAGACGUUCAAGGCUCUCAUCACGAUACACAAGGUUCUGCAGGAGGGCCAUCCCAUUGUUGUCCGCGAGGCACAGCAACAUGCCAAUUGGAUUGAUAGCUUGAUGCGAGGCGUUGGAGGAGAAGGCAUGCGAGGAUAUGGCCCUCUCAUUCGGGAGUAUGUCUUCUACCUGGAGUCGAAGUUAACCUUCCAUCGCAACCACCCGGAGUUCAACGGUCUGUUCGAGUACGAGGAAUACAUCAGCUUGAAGUCUAUCAAUGAUCCAAAUGAAGGAUACGAGACCAUCACAGAUCUGAUGACUCUCCAAGACCAGAUCGAUGCUUUCCAGAAGCUGAUCUUCUCGCACUUCCAGUCGGGCACGAACAAUGAGUGCCGGAUCUCGGCGCUAGUCCCUCUUGUUCAAGAGAGCUAUGGCAUCUACAAGUUCAUCACGAGCAUGUUGAGAGCAAUGCACACAACCACCGGAGACGACGGGGCUCUCGAGCCACUCCGUGGCCGUUAUGAUGCCCAGCACCACCGUCUUGUUCGCUUCUACUACGAGUGUUCCAAUCUGCGCUAUCUGACCAGUCUCAUUACCAUCCCGAAACUCCCACAGGACCCGCCGGGCUUGUUAGGCGAGGACGACGAUCGCGGCCCGGCUCUGCCCAAACGGCCUGCUAAAGAAGUUGAGCCCGAGCCUACUCCGCCACCAAAGGAACCAGAGCCGAUCAGCGACUUCUGGACUACCGAAGCUCGCCGUCAACAGGAGGAGUAUGAGACCGAACAGGCCCGUCUGCAGCAGCAGUGGGAGGAUCAGCAGCGACAACAGAUGCUAGCUCAACAGCAGGCCCAGCACGAUUUCGAGGAGCAGCAGCGCCAACAGGCCGAGCAGCAACGGCUGGCUCAAGAACAGCUGCUGCGCGACCAGUACUCGACUCAGACACAGGGCCGACUAGCCGAGCUGGAGCGGGAGAACCUGAACGCGCGUGCCCAGUAUGAGCGCGACCAGCUGAUGCUGCAGCAGUACGACCGUCGCGUCAAGGACCUUGAGGAACAGAUGAACCAGAUCCAAACCAACCUCAACCAGCAGAAUGCCUCCAAGGACGAGCAGAUCCACUCCCUGCAGGAGCAGGUGAACACCUGGCGGGCCAAGUACGAGGCCCUGGCCAAGCUCUACUCGCAGCUCCGACAGGAGCACCUAGAUCUCCUGCAGACCACCAAGAGCCUCAAGCUGAAGGCUGCCUCGGCACAGGAGGCGAUCGAGCGCCGUGAGAAGCUGGAGCGCGAGCUAAAGACCAAGAACUUGGAGUUGGCUGAUAUGAUCCGCGAGCGAGAUCGUGCUAUGCAUGACCGUGAUCGUCUGACUGGUUCCAACAAGGACGAGCUGGAGAAGGUCAAGCGGGAGCUCCGCAUAGCGAUCGAGCGCGCGGAGAAUGCCGAGCGGCAAAAGGGCACGGAGAUCUCGUCUAUGCUGUCCAAGUAUAAUCGCGAGAUGGCCGAUUUGGAGGAGGCUCUUCGGACCAAAACCCGAGCCCUCGAGGAAUACUCCAGAGGCAAUAACGAGCGGCAAGGUGACCAUGAUCUGGCACUCCGCGAGAAAGAUGAGGAGAUCGAGGUGUACAAGUCCGGUAUGGAACAGGCUUUGAUGGAGCUUGAGGAACUUAAGCUGCACCAAGGCGAUGCCGACAAUGCGCUGGACAGCCAGAUCGACGACGUGCUGCACGGCACCGUCGCCAAGAUCAACGAUAUCAUUGAUUCGGUGCUGCAGACCGGUGUCCAACGCGUGGACGACGCCUUGUAUGAACUGGAUUCGACCAUGCAGGCCGGUAACCAGAACGCAUCUCCGCCGUAUGUGCUGUCGCAGAUCGAGAAGGCGUCGGCGUCCGCUACGGAGUUCUCGACGGCCUUCAACAAUUUCAUUGCGGAUGGCCCGAACAGCACGCAUGCCGAGAUCAUUCGCACCGUCUCCAUCUUCUCUGGAUCCAUUGCCGACGUGCUGAGCAACACCAAGGGUCUGACGCGCUUUGCAAACGACGACAAGAGCUCCGACACGCUGAUAACCGCGGUGCGCAAGUCCGCCCAAGCCACGGUCCGCUUCUUCCGCGGGCUGCAGUCGUUCCGACUCGAGGGCCUGGAGCCGCUGCAAAAGACCGACGUCGUCAUCAACAAUAACCUGGAAGUGCAGCGAGAUUUGCAGGCGUUGUCCAAGCUGGUGGACUCGUUCGCGCCCAAGGGCAGCAAGAUCAGCACGACCGGCGACCUGGGCGACCUGGUUGACCAGGAGCUGACCAAGGCCGCGAAUGCCAUUGACGCCGCCGCGCAGCGUCUGGCCAAAUUGCAGAGCAAGCCGCGCGAGGGCUACUCGACUUACGAACUGCGCAUCAACGACGUGAUCCUAGCCGCGGCUAUUGCGGUGACCAACGCCAUCGCAGAGCUGAUCAAGGCCGCCACGGCAUCCCAGCAGGAGAUCGUGCGCGAGGGUCGCGGCAGUUCGUCCAAGACAGCCUUCUACAAGAAGAACAACCGCUGGACGGAGGGGUUGAUUUCUGCUGCCAAAGCCGUGGCCGCAUCCACCAAUACAUUGAUCGAGACCGCCGACGGCGUGAUCUCCGGCCGCAACUCGCCCGAGCAGCUCAUCGUCGCGUCCAACGACGUUGCCGCCAGCACUGCCCAGCUGGUGGCUGCCAGCCGCGUCAAGGCAACCUUCAUGAGCAAGUCGCAGGAUCGCCUGGAGACGGCCAGCAAGGCUGUUGGCGCGGCGUGCCGCAAGCUUGUGCGCCAGGUGCAGGAUAUUAUUGCAGAGAAGAACCGCGACGAGGGCGAGGCCGAGGAUUACACGCAGCUCAGCUCGCAUGAGUUCAAGGUCCGCGAGAUGGAGCAGCAGGUCGAGAUCCUCCAGCUCGAGAACAACCUCGCCCGCGCGCGCACUCGCCUGGGCGAGAUGCGCAAGAUCUCCUACCAGGAAGACUAA